UCUUUGAUCGCACGCUUUCCGAUAAGCAUCCCGUUGCGCAGAACAUUUACACACAAAGUGAACGAAGUAUUUAUAAGUCUCGAGACGCAUAAAAGAUGCAAAAAUUAAUUUAUAGUUUAUUCCUUCUGUUUUAUACUUGUAUUGCAGCUGAAGACGAUGAUUGUCCUAAUAUUAUCACACGUGAUAAGUGGACUUCCGUGCCGUCAAGGAACGUAAACUAUUUAAUUGCUCCCAUUCCUUAUGUUAUAAUUCAUCAUACAGCUACUCAAGGAUGUAACACCAAAAGUGCAUGCAUUGAUGAAGUCGAAAGUAUUCGCUCAUUUCAUAUGGACGCUUAUUCGUGGAACGAUAUCGGAUACUCAUUUUUAAUUGGGGGAGAUGGAAAUGUAUACGAAGGUUGUGGCUGGAAUCGAGAAGGGGCCCACACAUAUAGAUACAAUAAAAAAUCUAUCGGAAUAGCUUUCCUCGGAAAUUAUCAAACGGUCAAUGCAAGUGAUGCAAUGGUGAAUGUAGCGCAUAAGCUAAUUCUUUGUGGCAAGGCGCAAGGAAUACUUAAAGAAGAUGUUCGUGUACUUGGAGGUAGACAACUGAUUUCAAGUUUGAGCCCAGGAGCAAAACUUUACGAUCAAAUUCGAAAUUGGCAGGAAUGGUCUUCUUCGCCGUAGUUUUAUUAUAUAUAUGUGUUAUGUAUCCCUUUUAUUAUUAAUUAUUGAAUAUGAUUCUUGUGAGAACGUAUAAUUAAAAAUUUUAUUAUAUACAUAGAAAUUUUUGAAUUAUAUUAGUAUAUUGUACACUUAUUAAAAUUGCGUAUCAUAUAAAUUUUUCUCAUAUU